AGUAAUGUUUGCAUCUCUUAAUCCGUCGGUUCCCUGUCCUUCAAAAAACGAAACCGAGACUGGAAGAGGCUUGGAUGAUUCGCUUUCACAAUGAAAGCGCGGAAUUUGUUUCUAGUUUUAUUUCUGGUGUCUAAUAUUACAUUAGCGUCAGGUUUUCUGGAUGUGCUCGCGGCUGUUGCAUCUUAUGUGUUUUACACAUUUUUUGAAUGGGACGAUUUGCUGCCUUUUGACCCUAAACGUUUGGAGAAAGAUUUAAGAGACUCUCUCUUUGGGCAGCACAUCGCGUCUGAUGUUGUACUAAAAGCUGUAACAUCGUUUAUGACUGACAGCAAACCAAACAAACCGCUGGUCCUCUCUUUCCAUGGGACUACAGGAGUUGGGAAAAAUCAUGUCGUUAAAAUCAUCGCAAGAAACAUUUAUACAAAAGGGGAAGGCAGCAAUCAUGUACACAUGUAUAUAUCUCAGCAUCAUUUCCCACACAAAGAAAAGUCAGACUUGUACAGUGCACAGCUGAAGCAGUGGAUUCAUGGAAAUGUAUCGAGUUUUCCCCGCUCCAUGUUCAUAUUUGAUGGAAUGGACAAGAUGCAUCCACAGCUGAUUGACACCAUAAAACGUUUUCUGAACAACAAUGCCCGUGUAAACGGAGUGUCAUUCCACAAUGCAAUCUUCAUUUUUCUCAGUAAUGCAGGUGGGAAUGUGAUUGCCAACUGGACUCUGAAUUUCUGGAGAGAAGGCAUAUGUCGGGAAGAGCUAUGGAUGAACAGCAAGGAACUGGAGUCUAAAAUCUCUCAAAACAUCUUCAAUGAUAAAAACAGUGGAUUUCUGCACUCUAUCAUAAAUCAGAAUCUGAUUGAUCAUUAUAUUCCUUUCCUACCUCUCAUGUUGAAGCAUGUGCGUCAGUGUGUCCUGGCUGAGAUGAUCCAUCUGAACAUGAAGCGAGAUGAUGAUCUGGCAGAUAAAGUGGCCAGAGAAAUGCCCUUCUUCCCUGAAAGAGAGAAGAUCUUUUCAGUUAAAGGCUGCAAGUCUGUCAGACAGAAGUUGGUGCUGUAUUGGUGAACAAUUUAAGCAGCACUUGUUGUCCAAUUUAUGUUUUUAACUUUUAGACCAAUUUGAACAGCAAUGAAGUAUGACCUUACAUCUCUCUUUUGUUUUAACUUAUUAAUAUUUAAGUCUUGAUGAGUUACAUUGAAGUCUCUAUAUUAAAAAUUUUAAUCUAGACCUAUGUGUUCAGUGUAUUUAUAUUUUGGGUCCACAUUCUUUAGUCCUACAAGAUUUUGGAAGUAACUCGCACCCCAGGUCAUAAGCGGCUGCAGAGCAGCUUCCUGAACCGAUAUGAUGGCAACAGAGCUAGCUGGAGAAUCCCACAAUCAAUCCUGCCCUGCUGCCUCAGCAGCCGCGGGACCCAAACUGGCAAGGUGCAGACCCUCAACUCUCAUCCCUCAAGAGAGAGUCAUCCAACAGAUUCUUAUCUUACACGCCCCCAUAGAAACAAAGCGGCUCCUGAAGACAAAA